AUGGAUCUCGAAUUUCAGCAAGGAUUUUUGGACUACCAAUAUGUGGUGGCGCUACGAGAGGAGAAAAUAUCCCUGAAACAUCCAAAACUCCCGACGCAGGGCAUCCCGAAAAUCUUCAUGCUGAAAUGCCUGCUGUACGGAUUUUCGUGCGGGGCCACAAUGUCUAUGUGUCAGCUCGGCGCACUAAUAAACGCCCCGCUAAUGGUCCUCUUCAACAAAACAAGCCGCGAAGUUUUUGGCGUGGAUGAUGGAGGUAUUCUACUGCUGUCCGCCGGAAGCUGGAUGGGAAUGGCCGGGAUGUUCUUCUCCCUGGCAGCAGUCAUACCACUUAUGGAUUUCUUGGGACGAAAAGUCGUUUGUGUCUAUAUCAAAUUCACGUUCACAGCGCUGGGAAGUGCCCUCUUCGUCUUGUCGUGGCUGGUACAAAAUGGCUUACUGUACCUCCUUGGCGUCGCCUGCCUCGUCGUUCCAUUCGCCGUUGUGGCCCUCGGAGAUAUCAUAUUUUUGAGCGAAAUCGCCCCUUCGAACCAUAAAGCCUUCUUCGCGAUGCUGUCCUUCUCGUUCGUGACGGUGAGCGCCCAGAUCUGCACCGUACUCGCCCGGGAGGACAUGCUUGGGACCCCGGAAAAAUGGGGGUAUAUCCCGCUAUUUGGACAGGCCUUGAAUAUGGUGAUGCUCUUCGUCGGUCACAGCUUGCCGGAUCCGGAGCAAGAGAAAUUAAUGGACCAAAUGUCGCUCGCCAAAUUCUACCAGCAACACUUUGGGAAAUUCGCCGGCUUCCUCCGGAAUCGAAACGGGCUGACUGAGAAACUGCUGUUAGUGAUGGCGAUCGACCUAUUUGCCGUGAUGAACAUCUCGCUCGUCGAGGGCAUCUUCCUGAUCCCGAUCUACCGCGGCGAGGGAAUGGAUGUUAAUGAGAUCCUCUCCAUGGGCCUAAUCGUGUUCGCGGUGCUGAUGCCGUUCCGCUGGAUCGGGCCGAUGAUACUCACAAAAAUCGACAACCGAAAAAUUUUCCACUACGCGCUGCCAGUCUUCGCGCUCAAGUCGGCGCUGCACCUCGUCAACUCGUGGACAAAAAUCGAGGCACUGUGCUACGUCAACCAGUUUCUGGAGAAAAUCGUCGAAGCGACUGGACUCCCCGCCAUCAGCUAUAUUAUUGCUACGGAAAUAUUUGCGCCUGAAGUUCUGGUGAUUGCUACGCAGCUAGUAAUGGUGAAUUCCACCGUCUUCAUGUCGAUCCUCACCUCCUUGGCCCCAUUCACAUUCGGCACCUGUCUACCGUACUACCUCGUGCUCAUCACCGUCUUCUCAGCCGUCGCCGCCAAGUUUGCCAUCCGGUUUUGGCGUACAGUAGAUGAACAAGGCCCCGAGUCCGAGGUGCUCCUCCGGAAAUGCAGCCCGCCGCCUGGAUACUCGGAAAAAGAGCUUCUAAUA